CUGUGAAGAGAGGACAGCCAUUUUGUUGUUUUGGCGUUGAAAAUUUUUCGGCAUGAUUGAGACAUAGUAAAAAGAGGAUUUACUUGCAUUUUUAGUGGUCGCGACUGUUUUUAACAACCUCGAUUGCUAGCUGAAUAUGCCAAUGCACCAGUAAGUGUAUAAAAUUUCCCAGCAAAGCCAAAAGAUGAGCGGAUCCAAUGCGAAGGCGUCUGGGACUGGCUUUGGGAGCCACAUCCCCAGCAUCGAGGAGAAGAACAAGCAGAUCCAGCAGGAGACGAUGAUGGAGAAGCUGCGGGCCAAGUACCGGAGCAAGCCGAAGAGUUACGAGGAGAUCAAAAAGUCGGUGCGGAUGUACUUCAUCGAGAAGCACUACCCACUGGAUCCGCUCUGCAAGGCCACCCUGCAGUCGGCGCUGGACAAGCUGCAGCACUACAUCAAGGUCACCUCGCGGCACGGUCUCGUGGAGCGCCUCGAGAGCCUCUCGCGGCAAUUGGGCCUCAAGUUCAUGGAGGACCAGCAGUUGCUCUUCAUCUCGACGGACAUGUUCUACGUGGAGAUCCUGCUGGACGCCGCUGGUAGUCUGUCGGACGUCAAGGUGCACCACGAGUGCAAGAUAGAGCAGCAGUCCAGCGAGCUGGUGGCCUGCCUCAAGUCCGGCGACUUUGCCGACUUCACGGUCCAGCUGGAGGGCCUGUCCUCCAUCUACCAGUUGAAUGCCGAGCCCAAGGUGAAGAAGAAGGCGUUUGUGGCGCUCCAGGCCAUGGAGACGGACAUUCAGAGCCUCUACCAGCUGCACCUGCAAGGCCACUCCGGCGACAGCUACUCCCUGAUGAGCAGUUCGACCGUGGGUCUGGUGCUGCCCCGCCGCGGUGGCCAUCCCAUGAAACUCACCUACUUCUGCCCGCCACUGCACCUGCCCGAGGGUGAUCCCAAACAGGCCAGCGGCGACUUCUCCAUCGAUCAGGUGAUGCGCAGCAGUCACGGCCUGAGUGCCACUGUAAAUCUGGAAGGCUCCUCUGCGAACAAACUGCAGACCCUGCCCACAGUGACCCUGGCACGCGAUGCUCAGACGGGUCUGGAGGUUCCCACAUACGCCCAACUCAACCAGAACAACUCGUUGCUGAUGCCAGCCACGUAUGUUCUGCGACUGAACAAGCCGAUGCCCGUGUGCCUGGAGUCCCUGAAGGCACUUGGUCUGCCCGGGCUAGAUGCCACGGCCACACCUCCCAGUCCGCCCACUACAGUGCUGAAUCUGAUUGUACAGACGGCCUCCAAACAGGCCAUUAGGAACACGCAACGUGGCCUGUAUGUAAACCUGCCCAAGGAGACGCACUGCUACUUCUUUACAGACAAUCGGAAGCUCCAAGGCACCCUGGUGUCCUCGUUGCCCUUCACUGAGCCCGCCCAGGUUCCGCGGAUCGUGAAGUUCCUUAAAAAGCAGGCUCUGUUCUACACCCUGCUCGCCAGCUGCGUUCGCGAGCAGCAGAAGCAGUAUAAUGACAUGGAGAGCACUGUGAUACUGGAGGUAACCGCUGUCUCCUUCAACCAAAUCACUGUAGAACUCCAGCAUCCGUACGAGGAGUCGCUGGCCACGGUGGAUUUCCUGCUAGAAGACGGUCAGCCCACGUGUAGCGUCUACUGCUUGAGCAACGAAUACGAGCAACUGUCUCAAAAACUCACCCGUACCGUCCGUAAAGUGGUAUCCAUUCCGAUGGUCAUCUAUAAGCUGCUAAAGUGCUGGGAUGAGGAGCAUGAAUUUAAACUACACGGCGGUUUAGGUCCUGGAGCGGGCCCUGCGGGUUCAGGAGCAAUCGGAGGUGGAGGCAUGGGCGGAGGAACUGCGUCUGGCGGCGGUAGUAACUUCAAUCAGUUCGCAAUGGACACGGCACCGCCGCCAGAUGGAAGCUUGCCCGGAGGUGGCUUCACCAACAUCAACAACCUCAAAAUGGACGCCAAAUCGCGAUCCCUAGCGGAUGCUUUUGCCGCCUCCACCUCCGCUGCAGCGGCCAUCGCGGGACUGAUCAAUCUAAAGCGCGAAACAGAUCCCCAAUCGGGCAGUUCGACCAGUGGCGCCUCGGCCGGCGGUAGCUCCAGUUCCUCUGGCGCCGCCAAAACGAGCGAUCAUGACAUUGCCGACAAGUACAAGAAUAUCUGGAAGGACAAGACUCCGAAUCUGAAGCACUGUGUCAGCAUCACACCCAUUCCAGGGGAUGGCAAGUCGGCGGGAUCAACAGGAGGAGUGCCCAGCGUUGAAGUUCAGCGCACGGGAGGCAUUGAGAUUAUCCCACUGAACGCCCAGGCUUCUGUCGGAGGAGGCGUGGCUGCCUCGUCCAGUGCCGCACCAACGACAAUAACAAUCACCCCCAUUACGGGCAAGGAUCCCAGCAAGGACGCGUCGAAAAAGAGCAGUUCCACUUCGACUGGAGUAAAUGUGGCCGCCAAGCGACCACACGAGAGCAGCACCAGCGGCUCCUCAACGUCAGGUGGAGGUGGUUCUGGCAGUUCCAUGUCGUCCUCAAGCAGCAGCAGUUCCUCCGACACGCAAAAGGAGAAAAAACGCAAAAAGAAGCGCGACGAUUCGCCCAUGGGACCGCCAGAGAAGAUAUACUCCCGCCAAAACUCGCCGGCUGCUGGUGGAGAUGCUUCCGCAACUGGUGGAGUGGUGCGAAAGUUCUCCUCGCCCUCUUCGUCGCCCAAGGCAGGUGGCGCUGGACAGGGUCUGAUGGCCGGAGUGCCAACAGCGCGUCCCAGCCCAAAACACUCGCCCGUCUACAGCAGUCCCAAACACAACACCGCCUCCAAUAGCCCAAAGUCGCCAUUCGGCACACACUCGCCCAAACAUGGCUCCUCGGGCAAGCCGAGCAUGUCCACGUUGAAGAGCGCAGCCACAGCCGCCACCAUCCUGAGUCCCAAGGGGGAUAAGUCCGCCUCGGCUGUGGGGGUCGCUGCAUCGGGACCAUCCGUCUCAUCGGGACCCGGAGGAACUCCCGGUCUGGUGCGUUCCUUUGCCAGCGUUGGAGCACCGCCGCCACCACCGCCAAUUCCUCCAUUAGCGAGCGCCAGUGGAUCCAUCGGCAGCAACCAGAGCUUGAAGAAGGAGAAGUCCUCCUCCGGACCUGGUUCCACUGCCACUUCAUCCUCAGCAGCAGCAGCAGCAGCGGCAGCUGUUUCAUCUGGCGGAGGCAUUUCCCCGGCCAGUGUGGCGGCAGCGGUGGCCGCCCUGAAAUCCUCCCAGCAGCAGCUUAAGUCGGUGGCCAGUCUCUCGCAUCUGGCGUCGGGCGGAGGAUUGGGCGGCUAUGCGGCUUCCGCGGGAGCGGGCGGAUCUGCUGCAACGGCAGCAGCAGUGGUGGUGGGAGCAGGAGCUGGCGUUGGAGUCGGAGUUGGAGCGGGGGCCUCCGGACUGGAGCUGAGUGCCCUGCGCAAGGGCAUGGCGGGAGGUGCGGUUAGUUUGAUGACGUCGACGGCAGCUUUAGCGCCAACAAUCCCGUCAGCAACAACAACAGUGGCAGCGGGAGCGGGAGCAGCGGCCUCGUCGGCGUCAUUGGUGCCUCCAAUCUCGGCGGGAGCGUCAGGGAGUCUGGGUCAGGGAGCAGCGGCAGCAGCAGCGGCAACAGCAACAGCAGCGGCAGCAACACUGGCAACAGCAACAGCAACAAUGCUGCAGCAACAGCAACAGCCGGGAGUAGCGGCAACUAGUAGCUGCAUGGCCACCAGCGGGGGCAGCAGCGACUCCGCCGGAGGCAGCACUCCGGCCGGAGCCUCCACGGAGUACAUGGUCAAGCCCAGCAGCCAGGAGGGCCUCAAGCUGACCAUCAACAAGACGGGCAGCAGCAAGAGCUCCGUCUCCGGUUCUAGUUCCUCGUCCGGCGGCCAGGCGAAGCUAUCGAAGAGCAGCAGCAGCAGCAGCAGUGCUGCGAUGAGCUCCGCUGGAUCCUCCGGUUCCACCAAGAAGCAGCACACAGGGCUUAAGCCUGGCGUGAACAGUGGUCCCGCUUCCAAGAAGGCCACCGCAGCAGCCUCGUCCUCAGCAACAUCCUCUUCCUCCAGCAAGCAUCUCUUCCAGAAAGCCAACUCCUCGGGCAAUCUCAGCAGCAAGCUCAGCGGAUCGGGCACCGGCGGAGGAGUUCCGCUGACCAAGAGCAACAGCACCAACUCCUUCCAGGAGCACAGUGUGCCCAGGCGACGUCCCAGCAUGGGAGCCCUGGCCAGCGGCAGCAGUGGUGGUGGCGGCGGUGCACAGCGCAAGUCCGCCUCCACUUCGGCGGGGGCCGGCGGAUCCUCGGGAGCCGUCUCGCCGGCCCUCAGCGGCUCCAUGUCGCAGCCACCGCCGCGAUUUGACCAUCACACCGACAUGAUGACCAUCCUGCAGUACGCCUCUCCGACGAUGGCCGCCAGCAUGGAGGGAUUCAUAAAGGGACUGCACAACAAGUUUCAGAUUCCGAAGCUGUCGCAGCGCGGAAGCGGCGGCAGCACGGCCAGUGGACGCAGUACGCCCAGUGGCGGCGCAGAUCUGGCUGCAGCGGGCACAUCAUCAGCGGCAUCUGGAGGAGGAGCUGCCAGCUCGACGGCAUUGACGGAGCCGGAAGCCAAGCCGCCGGCCCCGCCUCCCCCGCCUGGCAACGAUGGACUCCUCAACCUGAGCAGCACGGCGGGAAUGCCAUCGUCGGGCGAUGGCAUCGAUGAGGAGCUUCUGGCCAGCCUGGCUGGCGAAUGACAGAAGGUGGACAACCAUGAGAUAUUCCUGUUGCUCUAUGCGAUUUCGAUUUAAGCUAUGAAGAUUUAGUUGAAAGCCUUUAGUUACAUGAGUCUGGGUUUUGGAAUGAACGGAGACUGAGAAUGUUAUUAAGUUGGCGGUUCCCAUUCGCACAAACCCUUAAGAAAAUAUUAAACAAUUUUAAAAAACGACAGAAAAUUUGGUACAAAAUCUCAGAGAUUAUCACUUAUUCUGUGGAGUCGAAUAAAACAUAAACUCGCUAGGUUUUGGUUAAAAAAUUCAUUAGGUAGCAGUUAAGGAAAGCGAUAUUGAUAUUGCGCGAGAAACAUCGCUCUAAAUAUUAUGUAAUAUAUAAUAAAUGUAUUCAGUUGGA